AUGUUUUUACAGUAAUAUUGUAUGCACUCUUAGUUUUUAAUGCUUAAAAGUAACGAUGAGACCAGUUUUUGGAAUAAUAUUCACGUUACUCGUACUUUACGGAACAAACGCUCAGACUGAAGAACAAAUAAGACAGCUUCGAAUCGUCUGUUCUCGAGGUUUGCCACUUGUUUCGAGGGAGAUAGAGAUGUAUUGUUGUGAGCUACAAGUGCCGACAUUCAAAGAAUAUUGGUAUUAUGCGGGAUACUACCUUACGCGCCACAUGGAACUUUUGAAAACAUGGAAAUGUCCUCAGUUGGAAGAAGAGUGUCAGACCCGUCCAUACGCUUUUAAUGAAUUUUUGGAACUAACCUACGAUCAAUUUUGCAAUAAAACUGCAUUGGAGAAGAAAUGUACACCCGUGGUUCAGAAGGUGGUGAAGUCGACAUUAACAACAAGUUAUUCAAUGACGUCUAUGACGACAGAAAACGAGACAACCACAAGCGGGGAUGUAAGCACGGAUUGGGAUAAUCUCGUUGCCCAACUUGACCCGGCAACUAUCGAUAUAGACGAUCUAGUCAAACCAUGCAUACAAGCCGCUCAGAUUGAACCACCACAUGGUGGAUUUGGAGAUUUUUUGGAAAUGAUGACACCGAAUAUUCCGUUUUGCACAAUGGUUUGGUGUGGAUUUUCUCAAUCUGCUGUUGAAAGAGAAGGUGGACUUCGAAUUUACGACUGUAUGCCAUCAUGGUGUAAAGCGAAUCUCGUGAUCAUGAUGUUGGUAGUAAUUUUACUUGGAAUUGCUGUCGUCGUGGCCAACAUCGUCGUUAUUGUUGUAUUUAGCACUACACCAAAGUUGCAAAACAGUCAGGCUGUGUUCAAGAUAUCGUUGGCAACGGCGGAUUUAUUGAUUGGAGUUUUUGUUCUUCCAACAUGUGCGGUUAGUUUGUCCAAAAUAACGCUCGGUACAGCGAAGAUGGGAGAAGUCUAUCAUCUAAAAUUGCCGGAAAUUUCAGAUCCUUUGAUCGACUGGACGAAAGUACCUAUGCACGGUCGCGAUGGAAUAACGGUGAACAAAACGACUGGCUUUUUUGAGUUAGUCUUUGACACACCGUACCUGUAUGCAGUUGGUUGCGUUACAACUAUUUCUUUCCUCGUGUCAAUUUACACUCUUAUGCUAGCAGGAUUUGACAGACUGCUGGCUGUUCACAGACCUUUGCAGUACCGCCGGCAUCGUGCAAAGAAAAUUGCUAUUCGCUUGUCCCUGGCAAUGUGGGCAAUAGCUAUAAUUUUUUCGUUACUACCUCUGAUGUCUAAUCUUCGAUAUGGGUUGGUUUCCACCAUGUUACUGGCUAUGAGUGGCGAAUACGUGCUAAUAUUAUACAUUGUAGUAUUUUUGAUUCCUCUUUUACUUGUGAUCACAAAUAUCAUGGUAUAUGUAACUGUGAAAAAGCAAGCGAAGAAACGACGAAAUAUAGCAAUGCAUGGAGUCAGCCAAGAGAACGAAAGCGAUGCAGAAAAUCGACUAACCGUAACGUUAUCCAUUAUUGUUGGAGUUUUUACUGCAUGCGCUCUACCCGCAACUAUAACAUCUAUAACUGCAUCGUCUAUUGAAAAGAUAGAUCCAGUUCACCCUCUCACGUUUAGUAAAUGGGCAGACACAGCUAUGAAUUCAGCCGAUUUCAUAGCAGUUUUAAUUCUUAUGUCAAACAGUUUAUGGAAUUGUUUUAUUUAUAGUGCACGAAAUCGCGAUUUCAAAAAGGCAACAGCUGAACUAUAUCGUAAAAUCAAACGUUCCGUCAGUUUAGCGAAGGAAAAGAGAGCCAGUGAUAAAACGCGCAAGAUUCGAAGCACAAAAACCUCAUGCGCAACGAAUACAAAAUUCGGUAACACCACGACAAAGGGAACUAUUCUAACACAAGAAUCGCCAAAUGUUUCCUCUACAAAGACGACGCCGAGUUUACAAGAAAAGCAACCAAAAGACGUCGACAUGGAAGCGAAAGAUGAAAAGGAAAGCAGAAACAAUAAUCGUGAUUCUGUAUUUCAGUCAUUCCACAUUAACGUGAACUCGGAUCGCUUCUUCAAUUCAGUGAUGAGAAAGUGGAUUCUCCAAACAAAAAUGGUGUCGCAAAAAAACAAGAUGACGGCACGAUAACUUCAUCACAAAGUACGUUAGGCGGAGAUGCUCACUUGGACACUAGAUCCGACAAGUUGAAAGACAUCGACGAAUCCUCGCAAAGCAGUGCCGACGAACAAGACGAUGCUCUUUGAACUUUAUGAUAAAAAAUUAGCCACCACAACAUAUUGGCUCUCACAUGUUAAAAGAUGAGACACGAACUGAGCGGCGUUCGUGGAGCAAAGAGAUCUAAGGACCAAAACUUAAAUAUUCUUCACGUCUUGAUUGAUUCCGAAAAUACUGAGUGUAUUUAAUACAAAUGGUGUAGUACACGACAUAGUAUUAUAAAAUAGUAUUAGGAUUAAUUGAGAAUUAUCUUAUAUUGUUUACAAUGGUUUUGCCUAAUGAGGAUCAAUCAAGAUAAGCUCGAAAGGCACUUUUAUUGCAUGUUUAGUAAAGCGUUAUUAUGUGUUUUAUAUGAUUUGUACUGAAGCCAACGUAAUAGCAAGAUGUGUUUCUGCAUGUUUUAUUUUACCCUAUUUCCUCGGUAUAUCUGUGUGUUGCUUUCUUCUGUUAAAAUACAUUGUUCCUAAUGUUAUAACAUCUAAUGACAGGCAAAAACCUUAUAAUUCUGAUUUCCGCAUGUUUUAUUUUACCCUAUUUCCUCAAUAUAUCUGUGUGUUGUGCUUUCUUCUGUUAAUAUACAUUGUCCCUAAUGUUAUACAAUCUAAUGACAGGCAGAAACCUCA